AUGCCAGAGAAGGAGUUGCAGGCGAUGAGCUCGCAGACGAGCGUCCACUUCCCACUCGAGCCGCUGCCGGCAUCGGUGCUGGCAGCGCGGGAGACGACGCGCAGAAACAAUGCGAGGGCGCUGGGACUUUGCAGGAGCGGUUGCGAGGAGUUUGACGACCACAUCCUGCUCGCCGGCGGUCUCGAAAGGGGGUCCGUGACGGGUGUGAGCUGCGAAGACGAGGAUGGCUUCGGUCUCGUGAUACUCGCUCGCCACUUGUGCGACGACAAAGGCAGCAAAGCCCUCGUCAUUACGCCCCGACCGGCCGGCGUACUUCUUGGUGCGCUGAGGGAUGGCAUCGGUGCUGAGCUCGCUGCACGAGGCGGCGGAGAGAAUGUUGAGGCCGCCACGAGGCGCUGUCUGGAGCGCGUGAUGCUGUCGUGCGUCUUUGAUAUUGACGGGUUGUGGGAGGUGCUUGCUGAUCUGGAUCGGCCGGUCGAUACUGGAGUAGAGCAUGGCAAGCCUGAACCGCAACCGGACUCGACGUCAGAAAAUGCCACGAAGGAAGAGCGGAUUGGGACCCCAGUCCCCGAGAUUCAGGACAGCGAGGAUGACGAGGCAUUGACGCCGUCCCCGCCGCCGAAGCAGGAUACCACCUCCGAACAAGAAGAAUCAGGAGCAGCACCAGAAGCAGCAGCGGCAGCACACAAAGACAAAGCACCCACCCUUCCCUCCGUCGUCCUCGUCACACACUUCUCCGUUCUCCUCACUGGCCUGUUCGCCCACCGCGAGAAAUCCGCGGCCCAUACCACCAUACAGCUUCUCUCCUCCCAGAUACGCUACCUUAGUCGCUCCCUGCCCUCCCAGCCGCUGUUUCUGCUUCUUAACUCGACUUCGUCUUCCUCUUCACCAUCACCACCGGCCUUCAAAACCACCACCAAGACCACCUCGCCGGACGCGAAACCCCUCGAGCCCACCCUCCGCUCCAUCUUCAACCCGGCGCCCCUCGCCAUCCCCGGCUACCACCCGCCCCGUGCUGCCAUCCGCAGGAACAAGCCCUCCUUCGGCAUUGUAUUUUCCCAGAUGCUCGAUUUGCACCUCCUCUGUACCCGCGUCCCCAAGACCCGGCCGGACGCUGACGCGCGGCAUCGCGCCGCUGCAACCAACAGCGACAACAAGAGCGAAAGCAGAAGCCAUGGCGACAGCAUAUAUGCCGCUGGAGAUGACGGAACAUGGGGUCCGCCCGCACCGACCGAAACAGGGCCUGCCAUCGUCAAAUACGUCACCGUUGUCGAGGUCUUACUCGACGAUAUGGGCCUCUGGCAGGGAAAACGCGGCCAUCGACCUCGACGGGAGCAGAGAUGGGGCGUCGUUGACGUUGUGAGUACGAAUAGAGUCGUGAAUGCCAUCAUCCGCGCCGAAAGUUUGCACCCCGAACUGCCCACUGCAAGGGGCUUUGGAGGACGCAGACCAUAA